AUGGAACCCAAACCUCCGAAGAGUCCAGGCAAACAAUUUACAUUUUAUUAUGAAAAUGAAGUCUGCAAACAAGAUUACUUUAUUAAAUCACCACCUCCUCAGCUUUUCUUCUCUGCUUCUUCUUGGAAAAAGCGGUUUUUCAUUCUGUCAAAGAGUGGGGGAAGGAGACUUCACAUCUCCUAUUACAAAGACGAACAUCGCCGAGGUUCCAUUGAAAUUGACCGAAACUCCAGUGUAGAAGUUGGCAUAAGUAGCCAUGAAAAAAUGCAAUCUGUAUGUAAGAUGUUCAAAUGCCACCCUGAUGAGGUGAUGUCCAUCAGAACCACUAACAGGGAAUAUUUCCUCAUUGGCCAUGACAGGGAGAAGAUUAAAGACUGGGUCUCCUUCAUGUUAUCAUUUUGCUGGGACGCCAAAGCAGCACGCCAGAACACAGAGCAGGAGAAAUUCCCCCUGGGUGGUAAAAGGCCUUCUUCAGACCCCAGUCCUCUCCUUGGUCCUUCCAGCGCAUCAGAGGCUGUCAGCCCCACCCCAUCAAGAAAUAGUCUUCCAGACAUGCAUUUAAUGGAAAACAAUUCUCCAGGACUCAGACAAGCUCAUCUGCCACAUGAUUUCUUGUCAGAGACUACUGAAGAGACGGAAGAAGAGAGUCAUUAUAUUAGUCCUCAAAGUAUUCUUUUACAGUUGGAUAGUCUUAUUGCUUCCAAUGAUCCUGGUCAACCUGCUGAACCUGAUAGUCCAGAACAGUUCUCGGAGACAAAUGAACAUCAUUACAUGCCAAUGAAAUCCUGUUUUUUCAGAGAGACAUCCCACAAGUCUGCUGAUAGCAAAGAGGGAUCCCAGGCCCUUCCAGAGAUCCAGAACGGGGGGCUUCACUUGCAAGAACAAGGCUCACAAAGUGACUCUUGUCUUCCACCUGCCAAUAUGGAAGCACAGACCAUGAAUGACAAAAAGGGGUUGGCCUCACUUACUGUUGUGCAAUUAUCUAUACUAAUCAAUAACAUCCCUGAUGAAAGCCAAGUGGAGAAACUGAAUGUGUUCCUUUCUCCUUCUGACGUCAUAAAUUAUCUUAGUCUCAUGGAAGCUGCAGGACGGAUAUGUGUGGCUCAGUGGCAAGGCCCCCCGCACCUGGGAUGUUUAUUUUUUCACGGAGAUCACAUCUUGGCUGUGAAUGACCUGAUGCCCCAGGGCCUGGAGGAGGCUUCCUUGUUUCUCAGUCGGUCUGUCCAGAAGGAGAAAAUAAAACUCACCGUCGGCCGGAUCCCAAAUUCAGAGAAAUUCCAUGCUGUCGCCUGUACGUGCCCCUUAAAAUACAAAGGUGUUGUACCUUGUCGACUGGGUGAGUCUAGACUGGAGAAGACCCUGAAGAGGAGUCCAGCCAUUAAAAAGGGUCAACACCAACGAACUGGAGAGUCACAUGCCAGGACCCACUGCUGA